CUAGCUUUUUGCUUUCCCUGUAACAUUAACAUUCCUUAUUUUUGCUCUUGACUCUGCUACGGGGAAACUUAUUGUUUCGCUUCCCGGCACCCAACCUCAACAAAGUCUCUUCGUUAUCACACCAAAAAUACCAAAUAAAUGGAUUCCGACGAAGAGGAUUAUGUGUUCUUCGGCACGCCGAUUGAGCGCGAGGAGGAGAUCACCAGCCGUCGAAAGAAAUCACAAGCCGAGGCCUCUGGUCAUCUCCGAACCCUCGUUCCUUGGAAACAAGAGGUCAGAGAUGAAGAAGGAAGAAGAAGAUUUCAUGGGGCGUUUACUGGUGGAUUCUCUGCUGGUUAUUAUAAUACAGCGGGCUCAAAAGAGGGUUGGACUCCACAGACAUUUACAUCAUCAAGAAAGAACAGAGCUGAAGUCAAACAGCAGAGCAUUCUUAACUUUUUAGAUGAUGAUGAGAGAGCUGAAUUGGAAGGUAAAUCCUUGGGGACAUCUUCGCAAUUUGAUACGUUUGGAUUUACUGCUGCUGAAUUUGCUCGUAAACAAGCUGAGAAAGAGCAGCUGCAGAGACCAUCAGCAAUUCCUGGACCUGUUCCUGACGAAUUAGUUGUUCCAGCCACAGAGUCUAUUGGUGUAAAAUUGCUGCUGAAAAUGGGUUGGCGACGGGGUCGUUCAAUUAAAGAUUCACACGCGGAUUCUUUAUACGAUGCACGGAGAGAAGCUAGAAAAGCUCUCUUAGCCUUUUCUUGUGAUGAUGCAAAAACACAUUUUCCUGAUUCAGAGCCUGUUGAGAGUUCUCGUGAAAGCUUUCUUGAGCAUCCUGUCAAUGACGAUGUCCAGUCUUCUCAAAGCACACCUGUGUAUGUACUCAAUCCAAAGCAGGAUCUGCAUGGUCUGGGAUAUGAUCCUUUUAAGCAUGCUCCCGAAUUCAGAGAGAAGAAGAGAUCAAGGCUUAGUAAAGAGCCUGGAUACAGGAAAACAUCGUUGAUGAAAGAUAGCCUUUUUGGUUUUAAGUCAGGCAAAGCUGCUCCUGGUUUUGGCAUUGGUGCACUCGAAGAAUAUGAUGCCGAAGAUGAGGAUGUCUACACCUCUGAUUACAACUUUGAGGAUACUUAUGUUCAAGAAGAUGAGGAACCCUCUGAACCGAGUAAAGACAGUCGGAAAAAAUUGGUUGGAAGGGAUCAGGAUGUCCUGCCUGGAUUCACAGUUGCAUCAAAGUCUGACUUCAAGUUGGAAAGAUUUGAUUCACCAGUGGUUCCGAAGGAUUUUGUUCCCCAUCAUAAGUUCUCUGGGCCACUUGAGACUGACAGCCAGCUUCUUGUUCCUCCUCCCCCUGAGGUUCCUCCUCCUGAGGACAAUAAUCUGAAACUCUUAAUUGAGGGGGUUGCCACUUUAGUAGCCAGAUGUGGCAAAUUGUUUGAGGAUCUUUCUAGAGAGAAGAAUCAGUCAAAUCCAUUGUUUAGUUUUCUUGAUGGAGGAAAGGGCCAUGAAUAUUAUGUGAGGAAGUUGUGGGAGAUGCAACAGAAGCAUAGUGAUCAAACCAAGUUGGAUGGGAAAUCAUCUCCAUCUGUGCAGAAGAUGACAGCAGAAAGUCGUGGCAAAUUAUUAGGAGAAAGGCCUCUGGAACAAAGUUCGCGAGAUUCAAACUUGUCUACUGUUUCUGAAAAUGUUGUUCAUCUCCAGUUUAAUCUUUCAGAUACAUUUACUGCAUCUUCAUCAUUUAGUGAGUUGCCAGAAGUUGCAAAACCUUUUAAAGAUGAUCCUGCAAAGCAAGCAAGAUUUGGGCAGUUUCUCAAGGAAAAGUACCAAGGAGGGCUUCGUACUACAGAUUCUGGUGGAGCUACAAACAUGUCAGAAGCAGCUCGUGCUCGUGAGAGACUGGAUUUUGAGGCCGUAGCUGAGGCAAUGCAGAAAGGUAAAAGCGGUAAGGAGAGCUUGCUCACCACACAGCAGUUUGUGGGGUUUUCAGCCGCGGGAGGGUUGCAAUUCACUUCUGUUGGGACAGAGCAAAUUAAAGAUGCUCAAGCUGAAGAUUUAACAACUAAGAAGAUGUACCCAAGAAGGGAAGAGUUUCAAUGGCGUCCUUCACCUAUUCUCUGCAAACGCUUUGAUCUUGUUGAUCCUUUUAUGGGGAAGCCACCGCCAGCUCCCCGGAUGAGAAGCAAGAUAGAUUCUCUCAUCUUCAUGUCAGAUUCUAUUGAACCCACAAAAUCAGAACAGUCUGUUAAAAAUCUGUAUUCUGCACCUCAAUCUGAAGCUCCAGAAGUUAGGAGAGAUGUAACUGACAAAGAAACUGAAGUUGAGGUAGAAGUUGAAAAUGUUGAAAGGCCAGUUGACCUGUAUAAGGCUAUUUUCUCUGAUGAGUCUGAGGAUGAAGUGGAAACAGUUAAUCUCAACAAAGUGGAGGAUCCAGAAAAGAAGAUUGAAGUUGCUAAUACAGCAUUAAACCAUUUGAUAGCUGGUGACUUCUUAGAAUCCCUGGGAAAAGAACUAGGCCUGGAGGUUCCCCCAGAGUUACCCUACUCUACAAGCAAAGCCAGUACUCGAGCUUCUGAGAAAGAAGCUGCUGAUGCUAAUGCUGGAAAAGCUCGUAUCCUGCCUGCUGAAAAGAAGCCUUCUACAUCAAAUGUUAGUGGUGGAACAACCAUUGACCAAGGAUUGUCACAGCAGAGAGGGUCUGCUCAAGAGGGUGAAUCCCGAAAAAAUGAAUCCACACCUGGUAACCCUUUGAAUAGUGGUGGCAGAAUUGCAGAUACAGAGACUGUUUUGCAUGAAUAUAAACCUAGCAAAGUUAACCGGGAAAAGACAAAAGAGAAUGCUAAAGCUAAAUCACCCUCUAGACAUCAUCGAAAUUGGAGCAGUAAUUCUGAAGAUGAAAGGAGUAGAAAACGAUAUAGACAACAUCAGUAUAGAAGCAGUGACUCAUAUAGUGAUUCAUCCACUGAUCAUCGAGAUCGACACCAUUCUAGGUCAAGAAGGCAAAAGAAAGAAUCCUCUCGAGAAAAGACUAGCAGCAGAAGAAAACAUCAUAAGCAUAGAGGGAGAGACUCUCCUAGAAGAUCACGUUACAGUACUGAGAAGGAAGAUUAUGAAGAGAAGAAGGAGAAAAGGAAAUGGAGAGAUUGAAUUGAACCAAGUCUCAUUUCUCUAACACAAAUUGAAGCUGCCGAUGAGAGAGUUUGGAAUGAAUAUCCAUGGAAGAGUCUUGGCUAUUGUGGUUCUUUUUUCUGCUGAGCUACAGUUGAUUAGAGUUCAUUAUCAUCAAGCUCUUUACUUAAGGUGGGGCUUAAUUUCGCAAUCAGAGCUUUCUUCUGAGAGGUAAUUUGCAUUGCAUGCCUUGAAUUAUUUUGUUGGAACACAUCAAAGCUGUUGGUUUAAACCUAAAACACACCAAUGACUACUACUUCUAUAGUUUUAAGCACCUAUACACAAAUGUUAAAUUUUGAAUAUUAUCUCGUAAGGCGCAUUUGGUUUGGGAUAAUAAGAGAUUUCUCUGUAAUUUAUAUUUUAUUAUUGACAUUAUCUUGUUUAAUUCAAAUAAGUUAUUAGGCUA